UGGGCGGGGCGGCGCGGCCAAGAUGCUGAGCCGGCUGAUGAGCGGCAGCAGCAGGAGCCUGGAGCGCGAGUGCAGCUGCACCGUCCGCCUGCUGGACGACUCCGAGUACUCCUGCACCAUCCAGAGAGAUGCCAAAGGCCAGUAUCUCUUCGACCUUCUUUGCCACCAUCUAAACCUCCUGGAGAAGGACUACUUUGGGAUCCGCUUCGUAGACCCGGACAAGCAGAGGCACUGGUUGGAGUUCACAAAGUCUGUGGUGAAGCAGCUGCGAUCGCAGCCGCCGUUCACCAUGUGCUUCCGUGUGAAGUUCUACCCCACCGAUCCCGCUGCUCUGAAAGAGGAAAUCACCAGGUAUCUUGUCUUCUUGCAGAUCAAAAGAGACCUCUACCACGGCCGUCUUCUGUGCAAGACCUCCGACGCUGCUCUGUUAGCUGGCUAUAUCCUUCAAGCGGAGAUUGGUGACUAUGACCCUGGGAAGCACCCGGAAGGUUACAGCUCCAAGUUCCAGUUUUUCCCCAAACAUUCAGAAAAGCUGGAAAAGAAAAUUGCAGAGAUCCACAAAACAGAGCUCAGUGGUCAGACACCAGCUAUGUCCGAGUUAAACUUUUUAAGGAAAGCUCAGACCUUGGAGACGUAUGGCGUUGACCCGCACCCGUGCAAGGACGUCUCUGGGAAUCCGGCCUUCCUGGCAUUUACUCCGUUUGGAUUCGUGGUCCUGCAAGGAAACAAGCGAGUGCACUUCAUCAAAUGGAAUGAAGUGGCAAAAAUGAAAUUUGAAGGCAAGACGUUCUAUUUAUACGUAAGUCAGAAAGAGGAAAAGAAAAUUGUUCUGACAUAUUUUGCUCCAACUCCUGAAGCCUGCAAGCAUCUCUGGAAGUGUGGGAUUGAAAAUCAAGCUUUUUAUAAGCUGGAGAAAUCGAGCCAAGUCCGCACAGUUUCCAGCAGCAACCUCUUCUUCAAAGGGAGUCGGUUCCGAUACAGCGGCCGAGUCGCAAAAGAAGUGAUGGAGUCCAGUGCCAAGAUCAAGAGGGAGCCCCCGGAAAUCCACAGGGCCGGACUGGUUCCCAGCCGCAGCUGCCCUUCCAUUACUCACGGGCCUCGACUCAGCAGCGUUCCUAGGACCCGAAGGAGAGCCGUGCACAUCUCCAUCAUGGAAGGCCUGGAGUCUUUGCGGGACAGCGCCCACUCCACCCCCGUGCGCUCCACCUCCCACAGCGAUGCCUUCCUGCCCCGCUCAGAGAGCGGCCGGGCGGAGAGCAGCGAGCGGGUGGCCAUCAUCUCUGACGAGAUCUACAGCCCUUCGGACAGCGUCCUGCCCACUCCGGUGGCCGAGCACAGCCUGGAGCUGAUGCUGCUGUCCCGGCAGAUCAACGGGGCGCCCUGCAGCAUCGAGGAAGAGAAGGAGUCGGAAGCCAACACCCCCACUGCGGCUGAGGCCACCCCGGGCAGCGGGGAGCUCCGGGCCUUGUGUCAGGGCGCAGCAGCCCGCCGGGGCCAAGCACAAGCCCAACAGGUGAAUAAGUUUGUUUUAAGUGUCCUCCGUUUGCUCCUUGUGACAGUUGGGCUCCUCUUUGUUUUGCUCCUCCUCCUCAUCGCCCUUACCGAGUCUGACCUUGACGUUGCCUUUUUCCAUGAUAUUCGCCAGACCCCCGAGUUUGAACAAUUCCACUAUCAAUACUUUUGUCCCCUCAGGCGAUGGGUUGCCUGCAAAAUCCGCUUCGUGCUCAGCCUCCUCCUUGACAGCUGAAG